UCUGUUUCACGGAUAUUGCCGAAGUCUUACGAUCUAACUUUCAAAGAUGGCGGUGCUCUAAUUCGAUGUUCAAACUAUUGUGACAGGUAAACACAGAUACAACAUGUCUCUCAGAGCAAUAACAUGUUUGCUCUUAGUGGCCUUCACUAUGGCAGUGAAUCGGCCACCAAAUAUGGUAAAGCAUCCAGAGAAGAAUAUUUGGUACAAGCCUGGAGAGUCGGUGGAAAUAGCCUGUAUUGCCGAUGGUAUUCCCAAACCUGUAUAUCGAUGGAAGCGAAAUAAUAUAGAUUUCAAUCCGAGCGGUAACGAUGAUCGUGUUGUGCAAUUGCCGAACCAAGGUACCAUUGUGUUCAACGCACCUGAGGACAAAGAUGAGGGUAUAUUCCAGUGUUUUGCUGACAAUGGUUACGGUGUGGCAGCAUCUGUAAGAGUCAAUUUUCGAGAGGCCAAACUGGCUCGUUUUCCCUAUGAAGAGAGAAAGGUGACAUACGCUGAGGCUGGUCAGGCAGUGACCUUGCAGUGUACCCCACCCCAGAGUUUCCCCCCGGCCGACGUGUACUGGGUGAUCAAAGAGCGGGAUAACAGAUGGCAGGCCAUCAACUUUGACAAACGCAUCAGUAUGGAUAUUGAAGGUCGACUUCGAUUCACAAAUGUGAAAAAGUCUGAUGAGCAAGGUGGCAGGGCGUACUCCUGUAUGGCACUCAACUACUUCAUGCGAGAUAACGCCAUUGGGCCAGAAUUUGAGAUCAGGGUUACAGGAACCACGGAACAGAAGCAUGCGGCCACUGAGUUGUGGACGUCACCCAGUGAUCAGUUCUUCAAGGCAGGAUCCACACUCAAACUCAAGUGUAUCUUUUCUGGAAACCCAACCCCCGAUGUCUACUGGGAAAGAAUCAAUGGGAUCCUGCCUGACCGUGCGGCCAUCAAGAGUUUCGGCCAGGAGCUGCACAUCACUGACGUCCACCUGUCCGAUGCUGGCCAGUACGAGUGUAUGGGCCUCAACACAGAGUCCCAGCAGAGAGCUACGAAGGCUUUUGAUGUUCAUGUGGAAUCAUCCCCCGAGUGGGUCAAUGAGCCGGAAAACAAGGAGAAGAGUACUACCGAGAAGGCCACGUUUAUCUGCCGGGCAACCGGGGUGCCGGAACCUGAGUACACAUGGUACAUCAAUGGAGUACCCCUUGAGGACAACAGUGCUCAGGGUGUUGAAGGUACGAGGGAUCCCCGUAUCCAUAAUAACCCUCGCUUCUUCAAGCCCACCCAGUACAACAUCACACUGAUUGGCCUCACACUUGAAGACCAUAUGAACAUCCAGUGUAACGCCAGUAACAAGCAGGGAUACGUCUACUCCAAUGUCUACCUUAAUGUUCUAGAGGAAGCCCCCACUAUCCUUGUCCCACCCCCUCCGAGCAUCAAGGUGGCAGAAGCCCAGUCUAUUAUACUGACCUGUGAGGUCGCGGGAAAACCGGACCCCCUUAUUGAGUGGUAUAGGGACACCAGCCUCAUCACCGGGGGCAGGUUUAAAAUCCUACCUACCGGCAGUCUUGAGAUCUCCAAUGUAGUGAUGGCGGAUGCAGGGGACUAUAGAUGUGUGGCCAGUAACAAGUUUGCCCAGGGCGUGACUUCUUCAAUCUGUCGCAUGCACAUCAGGCGUAAGACUCGAAUAGAGCAGUUCCCAGAGGACCUGGAGGUGAUAGCCGGUCUUGAUGCCAAGUUCACAUGCUCUGGAUCCACUGACUUCGACGAGGCUCAAAACAUGAUGGUCACAUGGGAGAAAGAUGGGAAACCAAUCUCCACCAAUGAGAACAGGAUGACCCAGAACUUUCAGGAUAACUCGUUGACAAUAUCAGGCACCAUUGUGAGGGAUUCUGGGGUCUACACUUGUGUUAUCAGCAAUGGCUUAGACACAGACAAGUCAUAUGCCUUCCUCACAGUAAAAGAUCGCCCAGACCCACCCAGCAGUGUUGAGAUUGAGCGAUGUCGGGAAAACAGCACGGAGCUAAAAUGGAUCAAAGGCAUUGAGAACAACGCCCCAGUGAACUACUUCAUAGUCCAGUACAACACAUCCUUCAAUGCCGAUCAGUGGGUCUCCGCACAGACUGUGGACUACACACAAAACACCGCCAUCAUCAACUUGAACCCCUGGGUGAAUUACACUUUCCGUGUUAUUGCUACAAAUAAGAUCGGCAUCAGUCUGCCGAGUUUCCACACAAAAACCGUGUGCAGAACAAAUCCCGCCCUACCUGACAAGAACCCGGAGAACGUAAAGUCCAUUGGUGACAGAAGAGACAAACUGAAAAUUGAAUGGAUUCCCAUGGAGGAACUGGAACACAAUGGGCCCGGCUUCAAGUACCAGGUAAACUACCAGAAGGAUGGGUUCAGGAUGGAGACCAUGCUUAUAGACAACUGGCGGAAUAACACGCUAGAGAUUGACGCCAACGAGCCAUAUUUCCCUUACCAGGUCAAGAUCCAGGCAAAAAAUAGCGAGGGUGACUCAAAGGCUAAUGUACAGAACUACACGCUGUAUUCAUAUGAAGACAUACCAAGUGGCGUGGCCAGUAACCUUGAAGUGAGUGAUAUUAGUGCUACAGCGGCCAAGCUGACCUUCACCUUUGAUGACCUCUGGCUUGAGAAGAAAGGAGAGAUAUCCUCCGUACAUGGAGAGUUUCAAGGAUUCAAGGUUCAGUUCUGGCGUAGCAACGAGAAACUGAGCACAUUCCGUGAAGAGGUGAUGCCACGGUCGUCUCUUGUUCCCAUGGAUUUUGUGGCAGACGGCCAGUCCCAGCAGGUGCGCGCUACCUACCAGCUCAAAUACCUCCCUCCAUACUCAACUAUCUCCAUACAGUUGUGCACCAUCAACAACUACUAUGUUGGGCGGCCCAGUGAUGCAGUCAGCUUCACCACUGCUGAAGGAGAGCCUGGUCCGGUCCCGUACUUGGAGGCACGUGUCCGUAGCAGUAACUCGUUCUCUCUGAUCUGGAAGGCCCCAGAGCAGGAAGAUCGCAACGGGAUCAUCGUGGGAUACGAUCUCGCAUACCAGACAGUUGAUGGGCUAGAGCUGGGAUCCCUGCAUGACCGUGAUGAACAGAUCAACGACCCAUACUCCCUACAGGCCAUUCUCAGUGGACUGCUUCCGAAUGUGAAAUACCGCGUACACAUAUUCGCUAGAACACGGUUUGGUCGUGGAGAAGGAACAUACAUUGAGGCUACUACUACUGAAAAAUCAGCGUUUGGUGCCCCACAAUUUGACAUUGUGAACAUACAGGAGAACUCAUUCAAUGUCACAUGGCAGGCUAGCUACUUCGCUGGUGUCCAUGUUGUGCAUUAUGUGGAAUUCAAGAAAGAAGGUGCUGCUACAUGGCAGCAGUCCACAGAUGUGGUUCUCAAUAACUACAAAGAAAUAACAAGCCUGGAAAAAGGAACAUACUAUAAAGUGAGGGUAGUUGCGUUUGAUGGAAUCACCAGGGCCUACAGCAAAAGUGAGGUCGUCGGAACUGUUGGAUUUGCUGCUGCGCGUGCCAUAGCUGCGAACUAUGGCUGGUUUAUCGGGAUGUUGUUGUCAGGGCUGAUCUUCAUCUGUAUCAUUGUCUUCAUUUACUGGGUGCACAGGAAGAGAAAGGAUGUGGAACAGAAGCCAAAGUCCAAGCCAGAGCCCGCAUUCAAGGAAACAAGCAGCUAUGGGCGUGAUUCCCGUGGAGAAUAUAACGAUGGAGGCUACAAGCCGGAUGGUUACGAAGAAGAAUACCACCCCAGAAAUUAUAACAGGGACAACGAUGAGCCGCCUGGCUACAUGGACUACAAACGGGAAUCCAUGGGAUACGACUAUGAUAACAAAGAAAGGGACCGGGAUUAUGAUCGCCAUGACGACUAUCCUGAUCGUAAUAGAGACUAUGAUGGUCAUAAAGACUACGAAAAACGUGAUUAUGAGGAUAACGACCGUAAUCGAGGUUAUACUCCUGACCGUAAAUAUGACGAUGAUGACGUUGAUAGAGACGACUAUGAUUAUGACCCGAGGGAUGACAGUUUCGAUGAUCAGUAUGACAAUGAGCCGGCUGACCCACCGGCGUACCGUAACCCUGGUUACGAUAGAUCUGACAGCUACAACAAAUACCGUACCAGUACAGAUGAGACGGCGUACGAUGACUACACAAAGGACCCAUCUAAGUUUGACGCUAACGGGGCGCCCCUUCCACCGCCCCCACCAUCCGGAGGCUCAUCUUUUGUAUAGUCAGGAAUGGACUAAAGUCAGAUCGUUGUACAAAUUCUGCUACAGUUAAUGUAAAAAAGUAUACAAUUGUUAUAAGUGAUAUCUUAAUCAUCGGUGACAAACUGACAAUUAAUUGUGUCUUCUGCACAUGUAUUCUUCUUGAAUAUGUCAACUUCUUGAUGUAAAAUAGAAUAUGUAGACUUAUUUAGAUUUUUAUCAUAUACCUUUUACAUGUUUACAUUUUAAAACUUAAAAUUUAUUUGCAAAUACAGAAAUUCGCAAACUUUGUAUCAUAUCAUGUAGAUAUUCUGAACUUUGUUGUUUUAAAAUAGACACACUAAACACUAACAGGGCCUUUUCAAUGUCUGCAGACCUCUAUGUUGGGAUUAAUGCUGACACAAUUCAGAAAGUUUUCCUGUUCGGAUAUCCCCCGUAUUAUUGGAUCAAAUUUCCAUUCAGCAAAUUUCCAAAUGCCACAUAUGCUUUUAACACACAAAGGGAUUCUAUUUUUAUACUCCAAAUAGUUAUCAUAUAUUCAUCAUGCAUGUUUUAUUGUGUAUUUAAUCUUACUUUUGUAUAUUUUUGUUUCCUUCUUAACAAGCCAUAAAAUGUACAUAUUUUCAUAUGCAGAGACAGAAUAUUUUAAUGUCGUGGGAAAGUCAAUUACAUGGUGGCAUAUUAAAUUGUUCAUUUUUAAACAUUGAGACCAUUUUUAAACAUUCCUGUCUUUUUUUAAUUAGUUGCCAUCUUUAAUUAUUAUGUUGAUUUUGAGUUUUGUUGCAGAACUCUAUGCACAUUCCUGGUACCAGAGUAUGUACAGACAUUCCGUUUCAUACACCUUUUAUACUUGUCAAUAAAAUAUGCAAAGAC